AGAUAUUGGCCUUUCGUUGCCCAUAGCCGCAGCAAGACGCUAAGCUGUUAGGCGCAUGUGCAGUAAGGCAGUUGCAGAACUCUAUCCGGGAUGCGUUGCUUGGAUACGCACCAGUGAUGUCAUUACGCUUUGUUUUGGCGCCAGCGUUUUUUAAACCAGUGUCUUAGUUCCCCAUCUUGCUGCCUGUUCUACCAGACGCUGUUUGGCUGUAUAUGCCCUGAGCCUGCUGCUAUUUACAUCCACAACUGCAGUGAUCGCUGGACAGACUGUCUCUCUCGCAGGCUUUGACAUGGAUCACUCUCACCAUAUGGAAACCACCAGUGACCCGCGCGCCGGCCACCAGCACCCAACCACAUCAGGAGGACACGGUGGUGGUGAUCAUGGAGGAGGGUGUGGGAUGCACAUGAUGCCCAUGACCUUUUACUUUGGAUAUGAGAAUGUGGAGGUGCUAUUCACCGGGCUGGUCAUUAACUCUGCGGGAGAAAUGGCUGGCGCCUUUGUGGCUGUAUUCCUUUUGGCUUUGCUGUACGAGGGGCUGAAGAUUUCGCGGGAAGCUCUACUGAGGAGGUCUCACGUUAGCAUCCGAUAUAACUCCAUGCCGGUGCCGGGACCAAAUGGGACCAUAUUGAUGGAGACUCACAAAACUGUGGGGCAGCGGAUGCUCAGUUUACCCCACUUGAUGCAGACCCUUCUGCACAUAAUCCAGGUUGUGGUCAGUUACUUCCUCAUGUUGAUCUUCAUGUCGUACAACGCUUACCUGUGCAUAGCCGUGGCUGCCGGAGCCGGGACCGGAUACUUCUUGUUCAGCUGGAAAAAGGCGGUGGUGGUGGACAUUACGGAACAUUGUCAUUAACGAGCAGUCGUUAGGGAACCGAGACCUCUCUGCCGCAUCCAUCAGUGACCUUCAUUCCUAGACAUUGCUAGAUCUGGUACUACAAGAGUGAAUAGGGUAACCAUUCGUAUAUAGUGCCUUUUAUAUGGUGGCAGACCCAUGCCUCUUGGCUGUGUAAAUCUUUCUCUUCGGAUGAACCAUAUGACCACGUAACCUCGCCCUUUCUGCCUCUCUCUCCCCGCCCAUUAUACGUGGCUCCUGGGAGAUACAACCUACACUGCACUGCAACUUACACUGCAGCCAAUCAAGUCUCUGUCUCACGUCAAGUGCAUUUCCCUGGAUUUGUGUUUCCAUAUCAUUAAUAUUCAGUGGGCGGUAUAAUAAAUCUGUGUGCAGUAAAGCCAUGUACAACUGCAACACCACGUCUGUUUCAUACACUCUGGAAUGAUCUUCCGCUUUAUAAACACACACAUGCCCCCCCCCUGUACACUGAAUGGUCUCAAGGCAGAUGUUUUAAUCCCCCUCCGAGUGCUUUGUGGUCCCCCCCGAGUCCUUAGUGACCUAAUUUGUACGAUUACGAGUGAAUGUGAUGCAUAUAGGCGGAGCCACAAUGAUCACAUCGAUCAGUCGCAUAAUUAUAUUCCCAGUGGCUCGAUUUUUUUUUUGAUUUUUUUUGAUUUUUUUUCAUUUAAGAUCUUGCUUUGAUGGAUUUUAGCUGAAUAAUGUGACAUUUUUAUACAGUAAAUCAUCAAUUUUCUGAUAGUGAAUAAUGAUAAUGACCUUUUAAUAAAAUCAGUCUGCAGUCAGAA